CUGCCGACAUGAACUUUCUGCUGCUUCUCUCUCUGAUCUCUCUGCGGACUCACGGAACCAGAACCGGCCCGGAUGGAGGCUGGGCGCUGGAGCCGGACCAGAACCUUGUCCAGGACCAGGUCACGGACCCGGACCUGGUCCUGGAGCCGGAUCUGUCCGCGGUGCUCCGCCGGGUGGAUCCUCGCUUCCUGUCCGUCACCAUCGAUGCCAGUCUGGCGGCAGAGGAGAGCUUCAUGGCGCUGCUCAGCUCCUCUAAGGUCAGAACUUUGUCUUCAGCUCUCAGUCCUUCGUUUCUUCGCUUCGGUGGAACCAGACAAGAUUUUAUGAAGUUUAAACCUCACAGGAGGAAACGGAACCUGAAGAACACAAAGAACACAGGUGAGUCCUGUCAGCAGCUGCUUCCCUGGUGGGUUGAAGAUCAGCUGAAGAAGAACUGGACGCUGCAGCAGCAGAUUCUGAUCAAAGAAGACCUGAAGAGGAAGUUCAAGAAGACCAGCUUCACAGAGGUGACGGUGGACCUCCUGAACUCCUUCAGCAGCUGCUGCGGCUUCGAUCUGAUCUUCGGUUUGAACGCUUUGCUCAGAACUUCUGAGAACGUCUGGAACAGCAGCAACGCAGAAACCCUCAUCGAGUACUGUCGGUCCAGACGGUACCAGAUGAACUGGGAGCUCGGGAACGAGCCGAACAGCUUUGAGAAGAAGGCCGGGAUCCGAGUGGACGGACACCAGCUGGGUCUGGACUUCCUCCAUCUGAGGGAGCUGAUGUCCCGGUCCGGGUUCUACCGGGACGCCGGGCUGUUUGGACCCGACGUGGGCCAGCCGAGGGACCACCGGACCGACAUCCUGGAGGGCUUCCUGCAGACCGGAGCCGAAGCCGUGGACGCCGUCACCUGGCACCAUUACUAUGUGAAUGGCAGAGCCACGUCUCUGGAGGACUUCCUGGAUCCGGAGGUUCUGGACACUCUAACCUUAAAGACCAACGAAGUGAUGGAGAAAGUGAAGCUUUUAUCUCCGACGAAGCCGGUUUGGCUCGGAGAGACGAGUUCAGCGUACGGAGGAGGAGCUGUAGGGCUGUCGGACACCUUCGUAGCCGGAUUCAUGUGGUUGGAUAAACUGGGUCUGGGAGCCACUCUGGGUCUGGAUGUGGUGAUGAGGCAGGUUCUGGUGGGUUCUGGGAGCUACCACCUGCUGGACGAGAACCUGGACCCUCUACCUGACUACUGGCUGUCGCUGCUCUACAAGAGGCUGGUCGGUCCAGAGGUUCUGAAGGUCCGGAAGCGUUCUAGUUCUGCUCAGAGCAAAAGAGUGAGAACGUAUCUGCACUGCAGCAACGAGAAGAGCUACAGCCGUGGAUCCGUCACUCUGAUCUCCAUGAACCUGAACCAGAACUCAUUCAGGAUUUCCGUCCCGUCGCUCCUCAGCAGCUCCUCUCUGGACGCUUUCAUCCUGCAGUCCGACCAGCUCAACUCCAGGUCUGUGAAGCUCAACGGUCGUCUCCUCCAGAUGUUGGAUGAUGAAACCCUCCCAGACCUCAGAGGAACUCGUCUUCCUCCCUCUGAUCACCUGCAGCUUCCAGGAUUCUCUCUGAACUUCUUCGUCUUUCUGGACGUCCAGGCGGCGGCGUGUCUCUGACGUGUCUCUGACGUGUCCCCGACGUGUCUCUGACGUGUCUCUGACGUGUCUCUGACGUGUCCCCGACGUGUCUCUGACGUGUCUCUGACGUGUCCCCGACGUGUCUCUGACGUGUCUCUGACAUCCUGCAGGUGGAGACGAGCUGCUGGUUGGUCCUCAGGUUCAUGUAUGUUUUAUUUCCAGGAAACGUUCUGGAUUCAACAACACUCAGGUCGAUUUAAGCUUAAAAUAUGUUAGAAACAACUUAGAAUUAAGGAUGUUUUAAAUGGAGUCUGGUGCUCUGGAGAUAAGUACAGAAACACAAAGUAAAGUCUGAAAUCUGGAGUGUUUUAAAUACAUUCUGGCUCCAUAGAGGCCUGUGCAGACUCACAAUAAUUAAAUAAAAUCAAACCUAAAAUUAAGAAUAUUCUGAAUGAAGUCUGGUUCUAUAAGCGUCUGUGCAAUCCUGCAAGAACUAAAUAAAAUCAAGUCUAAAAUUGAGGAUAUUUUGAAUGAAGUCUGGUACUUUAGAAGUUUGUGCAACCACAUGAAAAUGGAAUAAAAUAACAUCUAAAAUCUGGAAUAUUUUUAAUGAUUCUGGUCUUUUGAAGUCUGUAGCGACACUAGCUGAAUAAAACCAAUUCUAAAAUCUGAAAUAUAUUGAAUGCAGUCUGGUUCUAUAGAAGUCUGCGACACUAGGAUGAAAUAAAAUCAAGUCUUAAAUUGCAUAUUUCAAACUAUUUAGAAUUAAAUUUUAUGCUGUAAAUAUCUGUACAGACCCAUGAGAACUGAGUAAAUUACAGUCUAAAAUCUGGAAUAUUUUAAAUGCAGUCUGGUUCUAUAAAUAUCUGUUCAGCAACACGAGGACUAAAUAAACUGAAGUCCAAAAUCUGGAAUAUUUGAGAUAAAUUCUGGUUCUACAGUCGUCUGUGCAGCAAAACUAGAAAUAAAGUUAAACCUAAACCUGGAACACUUCAGACUUCAGACCCGACCGAGUGGUUCUGGUCCUGGUUCAGAUUCUGGUCCUGGUGCUAGUUCCGGUUCUGAAGAGUUUCUGGAUCAGUUUUUGAACUUCUUGCUGCUGCCUGAAGGUUUCCAGAUGUCUGUUUAAUGUUUUCAUAUCGUCAGAAUUCAACGGAUGUUCUGGUUCUGGUUCUGGUUUAAAACGAUCAGACUGAUGGACAGAAGUUCUGUUACCAUGACAACAAACCAGUGUUCUGGUUCUGCAGCAGCUUCAGGAUCUUUAAGUUCUACAACAGCGCCGCCUGCUGGAGAAGAUGAACGUCUACAGUUUACAGUUUUAUAGGUUUAGUCUGACCAAAAUACUAGUUUAAUGUCCAACUACUUACGGUUUUAAAGGUUUAUUCCAGCUGAAAUACUACUUCCUGUCCAAGUAUGUACAGUUUCAAGGGUUCAUUCCACCCAAAAUACUCCUUUAAGUCCAUGUAUUUGAAGUUAUAAAAGUUUUUUCACCCAAAUGCUACGUCUUCCAAGUAUUUCUAGUUUUAAGGAUUAUUCUACCCAAAAUACUCAUUUCUAUCAGGUACUUAUAGUUAUGAGGGUUAUUAAACACAAAUACUGCUUCCUGUCCACAUAUUUGUAAUUUUAAAGGUUUAGUUUACUCAAAAAAUACAAUUUUGUGUUCAUGUGUUUGCAAUUUUAAAGGUUUAUUACACCCAAACACUACAUUUUCCAAGUAUUUCUAGUUUUAAAGGUUCAUUACUCUCAGUUUAAUUUGGUUGCUUUGAGCUCAGAACAUCAGAAAACAGAUUUUCCUUUUUGACACCAGAACUUUGUUAAAGAAUAAAAGUUUCCCUGAAAAUGAAGAAAUAUUUGAAAUGUUUUGACAGAAAUCCUCCUAAAUAAUAAAUGUUUUACACACAAA